AUGCUCAUUCACUUCAAACAUCUUCUCUUUUACACUUCUUCAGGUUUAGAGCCGUCUGCUAUACUUCACUUGAAUAUGCUCUCCUUGGGACAGGGCUUUUCAAACUAUCCCACCUGGCUGUUGAUAGCAGGUACUAAUAGCGGUCGUGUGACAUUGCAUCCUUUUGGACAACCCCAAUCAUUCGAUAGUAACAGAUCGCAGCCUAGUGUACGUCUUCUUGAGCUGACUGGGGUUGAUUGUGAACCUAUUACUGGAUUGGUGAUAAGGCCCUCAUCUCAUGGCAAAAUGUCUGGCCUCACUGCAUGGGUGACAAGUCGAAGUGGCUGUAUUCACCAUUAUAAGCGGCUCUGCACCGAGGCAUUGUUCAACUGA